CAUAAUACAGCUCUCAACUCUCUCUCUCUUUCAAGGAUCUGAAGGCGCAACACUUGCAAGAUCUGAAAUACGAAUCUAACAAAGAUUUUGUAAGUUUUGAUUUCAUCACGAAAAUCUAUUCUGUAAAUGUUCUUUUUUGCUCUUGUCAGGGACAAAAGAUCGUAUUUCGUGAUCUUACAAUUUCAUUGAUUUUAUUUAAUUUUAGAAUUAGGUUUCUUUUAUAAUUUUUUGUAAAGAAUUUUCAUAAUAAUACAUUUGAAACUUGCCAAGAUUGGGUCAUUUGUACCUUCCAACACUCUGAAAAGAAGAUAAAGUAUGCACCAAUCCGGUGCCCAACUUCUGUUUUUUUUUUUUUUUUUUUUUUUUUUUUUUUUUUAUAUCAUGAUGUUAGCCUACUAGUUAGCCCAGAAUAUAUAUGACUUUACUUUUUCUUAGCAAAACCCGUGAUUAUUCUUUUUUUUUUUUUCUUUUUUCUUUUUCUUUCUAAAAAAGCAAGCGGUGAUUUUUAUAUUAUUUUCUAAAAAAAGGGUAGAUUUUUUUUUUUUUUAGAAUCAGCUUUCUUUUACUGAGUAUAAUUUUCUGGAGAGAGUUUUCUUUGUAUAUAAUUUUUACUUCUCCAGAGUUUUUGUUUAUAAAAACAUUGAACCAAACAUGAUUUUUAUUCAGCGUACUAGCUAGAUCUAUUGGUCAAAACUGAAACAAUUAUCAACCAGAAGCCUAGUUAGAUAGAUUUAUUGGUGUGAAACAAUUAUGACCUAAGUAAUGGACUUAUAUAUCAUUUUUUUUUUCAAAUAUGCCUGCAGCAAUGCCGUUGAUUAUUUUAUUAUCUUUUCUAUUUUUCUCUAAAAAAAAAGACCGGACCAGGCCUAUGACAUUGAAUCUCGGUCAAUGGUUACUUUUCCAAAUAUCAAGUUGCCUUAAACCAUUAUCAAAUUAAAAUUAUUACUAUUAUUUUUUUAAGGUUAAACCAGUAACAAUUUCCUAAUCCUAGUAAGAAACAUAUUAUUACUAAUUUCCAAGUACAAACCCAAUUCAACGCUCUUCUCUAUAUAAAAUUGUUGUUCUCGUUUUCUCUGUGCUUGUUUGUUUAUACACAAAAUUGCUCUCUUUUUCUCUCUUGUUUUUUUUUUUGUUUUGGGUUUACAUCUCUGAUCUGUUCAUCUUCUCCUCUUGCUCUCUCUUGGAUCUGCACACUUAUUUUUUAAAUUAUACAAAAAAAUAAAUAAAUAAAUAAAUAAAUAAAUAAAAACUGUAAAAGCAAUUUCCAUGGAGAAAACCACUGGACCCACCUCAAUGUGUUGUCCUGAAAACGCAAGUGAGAAGGUCAAUAAAGGAGGGUUGUGUUUGGAGGAUUGCAUUAGUGGACUUCCCGAUGUCGUACUUGUUUCAAUAUUGUCACUAUUGACAAUGAAAGAAGCUGGAAGAACUAGUCUCCUAUCAAAGAGAUGGAGGUUUAUCUUAAUAGGGCUAAAUUUCCCGUAUUUAAUAAACUCAAGCGACUGAAGUUGAUAAUUGAUGCAAGAGAUGAAGAAAGCCUUGUGGGUUUUGCUUCUCUGAUAGAGGCAUGUCCUUUCUUGUCUAAAUUUGUGUUGGAGCUGCGAGUCGUAUGGGAAAAUAAAACAAGGGAAGUUUACAUCUCGGCCCCAUCAUUACCUUAAGGAGGUGGAACUAAUUGGUUUUGUUGGGAGUAUAAAUGAUGUUGAGCUUGCCAUGUAUUUAAUUAAGAGUGGUGUGAAUCUUGAGAAGUUUACUUUUGAUCCUCGCUAUCCAUAUCAUAUAGGAACUGUUUGGGAGUUCAUGGAGACCAAGAGGAAAAAAGCAGCGAGAAAGAGGACCAAGAAGCUUGGAAAGAAACUUCCUGUUGGAGCAGAUUUGAUAAAUCCUUUAAUUAUAUCAUGUUUGUAUAAGUUAUCCUUGGGAAAAGGCCAUGUACAUAUAUGGAAAGUUAUAUGCACCAGAAACAGUCACGCUUUUAAUCAGGCCCCACCUGGUGUUGGAUUAAUUGCAGCUGAGUAGAUUUUGGUUCCUUGAAGUGAUUUGGACCCAACCAUAUGGGCCAAAGAGAAGAGGCCCAGAAGUUGCACACGUGUGGAUGUAUGAGUCGAGUGUGACUAUCGCGCGUGUGAGUAAGAGAUGGCAGAGCCAAUGUAGAGAGAAGUUGCGAGAAAGAAAAUGCGGACCUCAGUAAUAGCGUAUGGUUGCCGCUAUUGUGCGCCUUUAAAGCCCCACUUGUUAAACUUCACUCUCCACCGUCGUCUCCCUCUUCCACCACCACCUCUCGCCGCCUUCUCGGCCAAAUUCUCUUCCUGCAGUCUUCAUAACCCUAAACUCUUCACGGGAAACUCUCUGUUCCUCAGGAUGGAGCGGUUCUGGACUGGAAGUGGCAUCAAUAAAAACAAAGAAAUGGUGGAGAAUUUACAGCAUUAUGGAGUGUUUAAGUCAAAGAAGGUAGCAGAGAUAAUGAAUACUAUUGAUAGGGCUCUGUUUGUACCUGAUGGAACCCAAGCCUAUGUUGACACCCCCAUGCAAAUUGGUUACAAUGCCACUAUCUCCGCACCUCAUAUGCAUGCCACAUGCCUUCAAUUGUUGGAGGAAAAUUUGCAGCCUGGCAUGCAUGCUUUGGAUGUUGGUUCAGGAACGGGGUAUUUGACGGCAUGCUUUGCGCUUAUGGUUGGACCACAAGGCCGUGCAGUUGGUGUUGAACAUAUUCCUGAGUUGGUCACUUCUUCAAUUGAGAAUAUCCAGAAAAGUGCAGCAGCUCCGUUACUGAAAGAAGGUUCCCUCUCUGUGCAUGAUGGUGAUGGAAGGCUUGGCUGGCCAGAGUUUGCACCUUAUGAUGCUAUUCACGUCGGAGCAGCAGCACCAGAAAUCCCUCAAGCACUUAUCGAUCAGUUGAAGCCUGGAGGCAGAAUGGUGAUUCCAGUUGGGAACAUAUUCCAGGACCUAAAGGUGGUUGAGAAGGACCUGGACGGUUCAGUCAGUAUCCGAACUGAGACCUCUGUUCGUUACGUUCCUCUUACAAGCCGAGAAGCUCAGUUGCGGGGCUAUUGAGGCGCUCGGAUGAUCCUUCAACUAUAUGCCUGGAAAUCUCUGGGUUCGCAGUGUAGAAAUCACUCUUUCUUUACUAGUGCACUUGAAGUUCUUUAUCUCUGUACAGAUAAUGCUGUUACAUCUUUUGAAGUGCUCAAUAGCACAAUAAGUUUAGAACUAAUGAGAUUGCAUGGCAUAGACCUCUGAUAAAUCAUACAUUUGUUGGAAACUGAAUGAAGAAAAUUAGUAGAAAAGGCUGGUCUGUAGAAAAUAUAUGCCUUGUGGUUUAUUUGAAGAGCAAGGAACAAGAGUACAAUUGAAGUUCUUUCUAUGGAUAAAUGCUACUUCAUCUUGUAUAAGUGCCUAAAAAGAA